AUGAACUUUUCUCGCUCCAAAUCGACGACCGCAAAGCAGCCGGUGAUUCGCAAAAAGACUAUUCAAGUCCCAAUAACCACUGUCGCUGCCCCUUCACAAAAAGCGCCCGCUCGCCCACACGAUCCCGAUCGCUGGAAGCCGACUGGAACGACUUCCAAGAAACCCACAAAUCCCGCGCAACGAGCGCUAUCUGCCGCGCGUGGCGUAAAGCGGAAGAAGAGUGUAACGCCGCAGCGUGCACUAUUCAGUAGCGACGACGAAGAAGACGGCAGCAGCGACAUUGGGGGAAGCGACUCGGAUGCAUCUCGCAAGCGCAUCAAAAGCAGCGUUAGCUCCGUUGACGAUAAUGCGCCGCGCCGGAAUCUCGUCUGUAUGAAAGCCUUUGGGGAGAGUGGAAAGGUAGACAUCGUCCACGGAGCACACGCGACGUCUGGGGUGUACGCGAAGAAGUUCAAGAACCCUUGGAAUGACGAUGAGUUCGAGUCCACGGAGCUGCAAUAUCCAAGCAGAAGUCAGCGCGAGAAAUUUGAGUUGAAGUUUCCCAAGAAUGAGCACGAAGACUAUAAACCUUGGGACGACAUCACGGAAACGGUCAAGAUGAUUUGCACACGAUACCUCCCAGAAGAUUUGAGCGAGAAAUGGAGCCACGAUGAGACUGGAUACGACAGACGUUUUAACCGCGCAUGGAUUCACCAGGAUGUAGACGAGUUUGUUUCGAUUGUCAAAGACUUCAACGAAAUGCUGAGCAAGCUUCUGGACGACGGCACAGUGCAGAAGGAGUUGCGCGAGACUCGCAGUCUGGAUCUGGAGUGGGUGAAGCGCAUUCUCGAUCAGAUCUACGCCCGCACCGUAUCGCCAAAAGUCGAGACCCUCAAAAAGUACCUCAACGGCACUGACAACGUUUACGGCGAACUAUUCCCUCCUCUCUGCAGCGACAUCUUCCGCAAAACAAAAUUGAACCACGAGCAAGUCUUCCUUGAUCUCGGCUCAGGGGUAGGAAAUGUGGUACUGCAGGCAGCGCUCGAGAUUGGCUGCGAAAGCUGGGGCAUUGAAAUGAUGCCAAACCCAUGCGACCUUGCCGACCUCCAGGCCAAAGAGUUUCCCGCGCGAAGCCGACUCUGGGGCCUCUCCGUGGGCAAAGUCCACCUUCGCCGUGGCGACUUCACCACGGACAGGGACAUUGGCAAAGUACUCCAGCGCGCAGACGUUGUCCUCGUUAACAAUCAAGCCUUCACGCCGGAGCUCAACGCGACACUGGCGGACAUGUUUCUUGAUCUCAAGGAAGGUUGCAAGGUGGUCAGCCUCAAGCCGUUUGUCCCCGCUGGCCAUAAGAUCCAAGCGAGGAACGUCGGUUCGGUUGCGAAUGUGUUGGUCCAGGAAAAAUUCGAAUACUUCUCCCAUUGCGUUAGUUGGGGUGCAUCCCAUGGUGAUUGGUAUGUUGCCACCAAGGACUCGAGGCCCUUGAAGGCCUUCAUGAAACAAAACAGAAUCAGAUGA